AUGAAAAAAAAUAAUUCUGCGAAAAGGGGGCACCAGGAUGGAAACCAGCAACCUGUGCAGCCGGAGAAGGUCGGCUGGGUGCGGAAAUUCUGCGGGAAAGGCAUUUUUAGGGAAAUCUGGAAAAACCGUUAUGUGGUUCUGAAGGGAGAUCAGCUUUACAUCUCGGAGAAGGAGGUAAAAGAUGAAAAAAACAUACAGGAAAUGUUUGACCUGAGUGACUAUGAGAAAUGUGAAGAGCUCAGGAAGUCCAAAAGUAGAAGCAAAAAGAACCAUAGCAAAUUUACCCUCGCCCACUCCAGGCAGCCUGGAAACACGGCACCAAAUCUGAUAUUCCUGGCCGUGAGUCCAGAAGAGAAAGAGUCUUGGAUUAACGUUCUCAACUCUGCAAUCACACGUGCUAAAAACCGGAUCUUGGACGAGGUCACCGUGGAAGAGGACAGUUUCCUUGCCCACCCAACGCGUGACAGAGCCAAGAUCCAGCAUUCCCGGCGCCCUCCUACGCGGGGUCACCUCAUGGCUGUGGCAUCUACCUCAACCUCCGACGGAAUGCUGACCCUCGACCUGAUCCAGGAGGAAGAGGCCUCUCCGGAGGAUCGCAGCACCUGCGAGGAGAGUUUCCGGGUGGAUCUGGACAAGUCCAUGGCACACCUCACUGCUGGGCGGCGCCGCUCGGACUCGGAGAACACCAAGCCCUUGGAGAAAGGGCGGACAGGGAGCCUCCCGCGACAGGAGGUGACCUCGUGGGACAGAGCUGGGCAGUGCAAUGACUCCUUUGACAAAGGGACCAUGUACACACCACAGGUCCCCAAAAAGCUGUCACACUCAGAAAAGAAUAAAUGUGCCUCCAUGGAAGAAAUCCUGUCCCGACGGGACUCUUCCACGCACCGGGCGGUGCUGAGGAAGGGGCUGGAGGUUCAGUUUGCCUCGGCAGAGCCGGAGCAGCUGUCCCGGAUACAGGAACUGGUUGCACUGAAACUGGAAAAAACUCAGGAACUGCUGACAGAGGUGAAGGGCUAUGGGGAAGGCAAGAGAAAGACCAAGGACUCCAACACCAGCACCACCAUCACCACCACCUCUUCUUCUGCAUCAUCUUCCAAGUCGGACUCUGAAAGGAUCCUGCAGGAAUCUGAAAGGCUGCUGGGGGAGGCUUCCUCCACCUGGAGCCAAGCCAAGAGGGUGCUGCAGGAGAUCAAAGAGCUGAGGGACCUGUACAAACAGUUUGAGCUGCAGCAGUCAGACUCGAAGCCCAAACAGAGCUCACAGUCGCAGUUUAGGAAGAGCAUGAUGUGAA